GCUCUGGACCUUGGCGGGGCUUCAACCCAGAUCACCUUCUAUCCUGGGACCACCCUAGAUGACAGCAGCACAAGAGCCCUCCUCAGGCUGUAUGGGACCAACUACUCCAUUUACACCCACAGUUACCUCUGCUACGGCCAAAAGCAGGCCCUGAAGAUGCUGAUGGCAUCCUUACACCAGGACAGCCUGUCUCCCCAGCAGAUAUCCCACCCCUGCUACCCCAAGGGCUAUCAGGAGAACGAUCCCGCGCUCCACCCCAGCCCCUGUGUGCAGGCAGCCAGCACACCCAGCCCUGCACAGCUCCUCACGGUGACGGGGACAGGGGACCCAGCAGAGUGCAGCAAGGCUGUCCAGAAGCUCUUCAACUUCAGCUGUGGGGCCAACAGGACGUGCGGGUUCAACGGGGUGUAUCAGCCACCCCUGCGGGGACAGUUCUUCGCUUUUUCAGGGCUUUAUCACAGCCUUCACUUGCUGAACCUGACUGGGGGACAGUCCCUGAGCUUGGUCAAUGACACCGUUUGGCAGUUCUGCAACAAGAGCUGGGAGGAGGAGGAGUUCCCCACCAUCAACAGGCCCCACCUCCGUGACGCCUGCGCCGCCAGCUCCUACACCCUCACCCUUCUCCUGCAAGGCUUCAAAUUCAACCACACGACGUGGCGUAGCCUCCGCUUCGUCCAGCAGGUUGCUGGUGCAGACGUGGGCUGGACUCUGGGCUACAUGCUCAAUCUCACCAACAUGAUUCCAUCAGAGGCUCCCCAGAAAGUUGUAGGGCUCCAGAGAAGCAACUGGAUAGCAGCCACAGUUCUACUGGCCGUCAUGUUCAUCCUCAUCUUCUGCCUGCUCACAGUCAUGUCCUGCCAGAAGAGCUCCUCUGAUUAUGACAGACGCCACACUUGUCCUGCUGCCACACUU